CGGACCCACAGCCCCUGCAGGACUUGUAGCUAGCUCCCCAUCGAAAACUUCUGGCGUUUUCAGUUCGAUUGUCGAAAGGGUGGUUUGUAACGCAUCUUGGGUAGCACGCGCGGCCGAGCUGUCGGGAAAUGUCUCGGGAAAAUGCACGUGUCGGAGGUGACCUCAUCAGAACAUGCUCCUGCCUCGUGUUGGCUGACCUCGUUUCUGUGAAUAGCCUUCACUCCAAUGCACGGAACGCGAGUCUACCGCGAGGAGCAUGCACACCCUUGGACUCUCACCCAAACAAGCUCGCGAAACUCAGCUUCGCCCGAGCCAUUUCACGGCCUGCUUCGAUACUCGAGUGGCAGGGUUUAGAAGAAGGAUGUCCGGAUCCCAGCAUCUCCACCGCCGCUUCGACGCUAGGGAGAGCAGCGGCAGUAGCAAUGCGCUGCGGCUCCGAGCCGACACGCCCCUCAGCUCGGCUCCGCUCGAGAGCGACUUCGAUGCGGCGGUCACACAUACUCAGCGGUGGUCCCGUGCGACCCGAACAGCGACCGUCGAUCCGCGCGCCUCGAGGCUGCUCGAUCACCUGGACGCUGCGACGCGCGUCACGUCGCCCCCACCCAGCAUCAGCAUGCCGCCGCUCAGCCCCGCGGCGAGGCGCGGUCCGUCCGUCGAGGGAUGGCCGAUGGCGCGGCAGCACGUCGCGGAGAUCAUCCGCGAGCGGACGUUGCGGCGGACGAGGCCCGUGGAUAGGAUCAAGAGCGGGAGUGUGCAAGAUUCCCACUUUGCCGAUCCGCCGCCGCAGCAACAGCACGGGGGCCAGGAGUACGAGAUGGUCGACGUGCAAGUCGUCGAAGAGACCCCGGAGCGAACGGUAUCGAUCUCCACGUGGCGUGAGCAGGUGAUCCACGAGACGGAGAUCGACGACGGCAUGAGCGUCUGCUAUGUCAAUGCGGAGGGUGCCUAUGUUCGUGUACGGGAGGAAGGAACGAGGCCGAUGGUCGACCGGAGCCCGUCCAUCCCCUCGAGCAAGGUCCUUCAAGGUGGGAGAAGGACUGAGAGCAUAUCGGAAUUUGGUCGGCAACCAUUGCGGCAUCAGCCUUCCACUUCGAGCAAGCCCUCUUCCGAUCCACGAACGUCCACACCGAAGGGAAGCGGGACUUUAAUCCAGCCCCUCGAUUCGCCAUUAUUUCAUGCACUGAAACACACCGGCUCGAUCAUCAGCUCUAUUCCUCCAAAAUCCGCGGAGGAGCUGGACGACUUUCUCUGCUCGUGCCAGCCUUCUCUGCUGCACAUCUCCUCCGUGCUGCAUAAGGUCGGAAUUCGGACUAUGGACCACCUGCGAGCUGUGGGCAGAUUAUCAGCUGAAACCAGGAAUCGGGAGGUCAGAGAGCAGGUGUUACGGCGUGGGGUCACUGUGGUGGAAUGGGCGAUAUUGUUAGAUAGAUUGCGGGGGGUGUAGUUUCUCCAUUUUCAGGGUUAUUAACGAUGAUAUAUAUGUACCUCAAUGUACG